CUAACAGAAGAUUGGCCGGCAGUGUUCUCGCACCGUAAGAUACCCAUACAUUUAAAAAAAUUUCUAGGUCGGAAUACUUCAAGCAUAGUGCAGUGCGUAGGGAAGUGUAUAUAAAGUCAUUAAUUAAUAUGACUUAUUUACAAAUUAUAUUAAGUGUUAUUGAGUACUGGUGGUCCGGUUUGAAAAACAUCACCUUCAAUGUUACAACUAGGGUAGUGGAAAUACUUGUAAUCGUCUUAUUAGCAGUUUAUUACUUCGCAGAAAGCUUUAUCUUGACAUUUACUCCGUCGUUUCUACGAUCAUCGAAGGAUAUAUCUGGAAAGGUGAUUCUGGUCACUGGUGGAGCUGGAGGAGUAGGAAGGGAAUUGGUUAUAAGGUUAGCUAGAAAUAAAGCUCAAGUCAUAGUUUGGGAUAAUAAUGAGAAAGGAUUGAAGAUGUUGAAGGAUUUUUGUAAAGAGAGAAAUUUUCAUAUCACAACAUACGACAUUGAUAUUACGGAAAAGGAAUUGGUUUACAAGUACGCGAAUAUUAUCAAACAAGAAUUUGGACCAGUCGAUAUAUUGAUAAACAAUGCAGGUAUCGUUUGCGGACAGACGUUACUAGAUAUUCCUGAUCAUAUGAUUGAAAAAACGUUCAAAGUUAACAUAAUUUCACAUUAUUGGACAGUAAAAGCGUUCUUACCAGAUAUGAUUAAGCAAAAAAGUGGACAUAUCGUAACGGUAGGAAGUCUGACAGGAUUUCUAGGAACAUAUAAAUGUACAGACUACAGCGCAACUAAAUUUGCUACUAUAGGAUUCCAUGAAAGUCUAAUGUAUGAACUUAAGACAGAUGGACAUCACAAAAUAAAAACCACUAUAAUAUGUCCAUAUUUUAUCAACACUGGUAUGUUUGAAGGCUGCAAACCCAGAAACUUUCCUAUGCUAGAACCCAAAGAUGUUGCAAAAAGGAUAAUUACAGCGAUAAAGAGAGAAGAAACUUUAGUUACGAUGCCAGCUUGUGGAAGAUUCUUGUUGCCAGCUAAGAAUUACCUUCCAGCAAAACUGACGUGGGCGAUUAUAAUAAAGAUUAUGAAACUUCCCCAAUCUAUGAUGGGUUUGCGGUCUUUUAACGAAGUAGAAGCGGCUUAAAUUAUUUUUUUACUAAACGAAAAGUUGACUCGUAGUUUUUAAACGUUUUAUAUUAGUUGAAAUUUUAAGCUUUAACUUAAAUAAAACAGAUUAUAUAGUCUAGUUUCUGAUCAGUA